GAGAAAGCGGGGGCAGAUGCUCCCUCCUCCAGCGCGACACAGACCUGAUAUUCAGCAGCUCAGCUCGUCCCCCUCUCCUCUCCUCACUUCAGGACACUUUCUCCAGCCCAACACACACACACACACACCUCACAUGCCACUGGACAUGAACACACAGGCUGACUGGAUAAUGUUUAGGAUCUGCAGCUUUCUGUGCGUCUGCGUUCUCCUGCUCACAUCCAGCGCCUGCGCUCAGACACACCGGCGACAGCCAUUUCCAUGUGGAGGCAACAUAACGGGAGAUUCAGGAGUUAUCGGUAGCCAGGGUUAUCCGGGAGUGUAUCCUCCAAACACCAAGUGUGUGUGGAGAAUCACAGUCCCACAAGGCAAAGUAGUGGUCCUCAACUUCCGCUUCCUCGAUCUGGAAAGCGACAACCUGUGCCGCUACGACCACGUGGAUGUUUAUAGCGGGCAUGUGAACGGGCAGCGUCUGGGCCGCUUCUGUGGGACCUUUAGGCCUGGAGCCCUCGUCUCCACGGGGAACAAGAUGCUCAUUCAGAUGGUGUCGGAUGCCAACACCGCCGGCAGUGGCUUCCUGGCAGUGUUCUCCGCCGCUAACCCUCACGAACGAGGAGAUCAGUAUUGCGGAGGGCGGUUGGUGAAGCCAUCGGGAACCUUUAAGACCCCCAACUGGCCAGAAAAAGACUAUCCAGCAGGAGUCACAUGCUCAUGGCACAUAGUCGCACCGAAAAACCAGAUUAUAGAAGUGAAAUUCGAGAAGUUCGACGUUGAAAGAGACAACUACUGCCGCUACGACUACGUCGCCAUCUUUAACGGAGGGGAAAUCAACGAUGCUAAGAGGAUCGGGAAAUACUGUGGAGACAGCCCACCAGCGCCGGUGUUCUCUGAGGGUAAUCAGCUUCUCAUCCAGUUCCUCUCAGACCUCAGUUUAACAGCGGACGGCUUUAUCGGCCACUACAGAUUCAGGAACAAGAAGAUCCCAACAACAACCAUCGCCCCAACCACGACCACUCAGCCCAUCACCACCAGACUCAUACCGUUGAAGUAUUCAGCAGCGCUCUGUCAGCAGAAAUGCAAGCGAAAAGGAAGUCCCGAGAGCCAUUACUGCUCCAGUAACUUCGCCAUCACAGGGACGAUUAUCACAGCAGUGCCGCGUGGAGGAAGCAUGCACACGACAGUCUCCAUCAUCAACAUCUAUAAAGAAGGGAGCCUCGCCAUCCAGCAGGCUGGAAAAACCAUGAGCACUAAAAUCCUUAUCCUGUGCAAGAAAUGUCCUUCUGUCAAAAGAGGCUUGAACUACAUCUUCAUGGGACAGACGGACGACGAGGGCCGCGGCCUGAUCACUCCACACCACUUCGUCAUGGCCUUCAAGACCAAGAACCAGCGAGCGUUUAACGUGCUGAAGAACAAGCGGUGCUGAUCGCGCUCUUCCCGCCAUCUUAAUCGGUCUGGUCAAAACCCUGAAAGUGAUUUCCUCCAUUAGGCUUUUUAAAUAAAUAAAUAAAUAAAUAAAUAAUUUUAUAUCAGGACCAAUCAGCAAUCUGUAGGCGGAGAUAAUGGAGAACUAGUAACAACAAGAAGUGUAUAUAAUAAUAAGGAAGGAAAUCAGAAACGAUGACGGCCGCCCUCCAGUGCCAACGCGGAAGGCGAGACUGAAUCCCGCUUUCCUCCUUUUCACGGACAGCGCACCCUUAAUGACCGAGCAAUUAAUAAAAACUCCACCCGCUGGGACUAGAACUGCAAGAACUGUCAAAGUUGAAGUUGUAAAGUUGGAGUUUUGUCUCUCACUGCCCUGAAAUCAGUAGCACGUUGACUUGCGGUUGUUGUUUUUUUUU